CCGUGUCAAAUGUCAACUGUCUGAGCGUCUGACAGUUCGUACAUCCCGGAGGUAAUCCUGCCGCUGUCUCUGUGUGUGGUAAUUUUUAAAUAAAGCAGUGCUCUUAAUUUCCCCCAAUUGAGUUGGGCCUUCCAAACGAAACCCUCCGGCCUAAAUGAGCGUAAUUUCAAGUGCAAUUGGAUGUGUUCACCGCGGAAAAUAGUGCUUUCGUGGCCUUGUGCAGUCCUAUCAAUUUGACACACACCCAUAACUUUUUAAUCAAGAUUAAAAGACUGCACUUUGCAGAAUUUUAUCACGAUGCAGGCGAUAAAGUGCGUGGUUGUGGGUGAUGGUGCUGUUGGUAAAACAUGCCUCCUCAUCAGUUACACAACAAACGCCUUCCCAGGCGAAUAUAUACCGACUGUUUUUGACAACUAUUCGGCAAAUGUUAUGGUAGAUGGGAAGCCGAUUAAUUUGGGGCUUUGGGAUACAGCAGGCCAGGAAGAUUAUGACAGAUUAAGACCACUUUCCUACCCACAAACAGAUGUGUUCUUAAUUUGCUUUUCGUUGGUAAAUCCAGCAUCGUUUGAGAACGUUCGGGCGAAAUGGUACCCUGAAGUCAGACACCAUUGUCCAAACACACCAAUUAUCCUAGUUGGCACAAAAUUGGAUUUGCGUGACGAUAGAGGCACUAUUGAGAAACUGAAAGACAAGAAACUUACACCCAUCACAUAUCCGCAGGGUUUGGCGAUGGCGAAAGAAAUCAGCGCUGUAAAAUACCUAGAAUGUUCAGCGUUGACGCAAAAAGGACUUAAAACAGUUUUCGAUGAAGCCAUUCGAGCAGUUCUUUGCCCCGUAAUGCAAGUCAAACCUAAACGUAAAUGUGUGUUAUUGUAAAAACUCUAAUUCAGAUGUCUAUGCUUAGACAAAGUUCGUUUAUUGCCAGAGUCUUUUUAACUUGAAUGCUUAACACAUUGUAUUUAGUUUGACUACUGUUUACCUUUAACUUGAUUUUGCAGAAACUGUGAAACAUUCAUUUUAGAAAGGCCAAUGAAACGUCGUGGAAAAUAUUAAUAUUAUGGAUAAAUGUGAUUAAUUAUUGUUUUGAUUUUUAAAUUAGGCAUAGAGUAUAGUAAUUAUCAUUACUGUGAAAGUUGAUUAAUACCUUUGCAUUUAUAUUGUUAGGGACAAGGGUUGCCGUUUCAUGUUUUAACACGUUUGAUUCAUUUCAACAUCUUCGCCGUUUAUUUAUUUGAAUCAAGGUUAGUGUAACAAGGUUUUAAAAAUUUGAUCUCUGCGUUCAUCAGAGUACUAUAAAGCACUACGAUUGUAAGUAUUAUAGAAAGGAAAGUGAGGAUUUUACAUAAUUUCAAUUCGGAAAAACUAUCAAUUCUGCCUAGAUUAUACGAAUUAUGAAUUCUAGAUUUAGUUAAUUGCAGUUGUUAUUUUAUACAUUGUUUACUGUACAGUUUUUUACUUAGCGUAGAAAACCGUCGCUUUCCAGUCUAUUGUCAAAGGUUAGGAAAAUUAUGGUAUUUAAAAAAUAUACUGGAAGGCUCAAUAUAGUGUAAAUAAGCUUGAGAACCCCUACGUUAACUGUUUAGCAUUUUAAAUUUUAUUGAAGUUCUAAUUGUAGCUAUAUCCGAAAAUAUGUUCUAUAUUUUUGUAAUUCCUUGCUUUUUUAUUGUCUAAGCGUAACAGUAAGUGUUUCUGUGCAGAGUGGACCGCUCUCGAUGUUUAUGUUGGAACGCCAGUACAUUUACUAAUAAAUGGAUAAGUGUGUGAUCAUGUCAUAACAGGACUGUGUGUAUUUUGUAAAUAUUAAAUAUUAUAGAAAAUUAUAAGUGAAGAUUUAUAGAAUAAAUAAUUACGAUAAA